AUGGCUCGAGCUGCGCGCUCCCGGAGGAACAGAAGGCUCUCUGUGUAUGUAGCCCACGGCCUUCCCCGUCUCUGGGCUUUCACUCACGCUGGCUUUGUGCUGCAGGACUCCAGAGGCCUUGGGUCACAGCUGAAGGACAGUAUUCCAGUCACAGAGCUCUCGGCGAGUGGGCCUUUUGAGAGUCACGAUCUUCUCCGGAAAGGGUUUUCUUGUGUGAAGAAUGAACUUUUGCCCAGUCACCCUCUUGAAUUAUCAGAAAAAAACUUCCAGCUCAACCAAGACAAGAUGAACUUUUCCACCCUGAGGAACAUCCAGGGGCUGUUUGCUCCCCUGAAGCUACAGAUGGAGUUCAAGGCGGUGCAGCAGGUUCAGCGUCUUCCAUUUCUUCCGAGCUCAAACCUCUCACUGGACAUUUUAAGGGGCAAUGAUGAGACCAUUGGUUUUGAGGAUAUCCUUAAUGAUCCAUCACAGAGUGAGCUAAUGGGCGAGCCGCACUUGAUGGUGGAGUACAAGCUGGGCUUGCUGUAAUACACGGUGCUGUGCAGGGGCAACA